AUGGCGGAACCGCUCCCGCCUGACGACGAAGAAAUCGCCAGCGUUUCGGGCUCAAUUGCUGACGACAAUCAAGAGCCGUCACAGUUUGUGUUUAACCUGGAGGAAGCCGUAAAGACCUACGCAAACAACUUAGCAGCUCUAUUCAAUACCAAAGUAUCGUUCUACGACAUGUGGAGGACUCAAAGUGUGCUGCGCGAGCGUGGUGUGUACAGACGGUACAAGUUGUCCGUGAGGGCUUCCAACUUUCAGUUUGGAGAACCCACCGGGGAACAAAAGCGGCCCACACAGGUCUAUACCGCCACGUAUACAAACCAACAAGAGAAGGCGGAUGUAACACACACUGUAUCGCAGACCUACCAGAACACUGUGUCUACCACCUCCAAGUUCGUGAGGGGAUUUAAGCUGAACUACAAGACCGGCGGUUCUGUCGGAAUACCUGCCGUUCUUAGUGCAGGUGGCGAAUUCAGCUUCGAUUACAUGUUCAGCGGCACGACAACUAAGACCGAGACCAAAACCGAAACUCUGAAGAUCGACGAAAAGGUUGCCGUGCCACCGAAAAGCACAGUGCAAGUCACCUGGUACGUCACCAACACUCAGAUGGACUUCCCUUGGACUGCCACAAUAACCGUCAGAGGUUGGUUUGCCGUCUGGUUCGAGAAAGCAAUCCAGGGUCAUUUCCUCUGGUUCUUCCCUGUCUCCCAAUUGGCAAGAACCGACAGCAGCCUCACAGCCAUUGAUCGUCAGGCAGUCACCUUUGAGGCCUCAGGUGUCUUCACGAAGGUUGACACCCACGACUCCAGGGUCUUCGUGCACCAGUUGAAAAGUCCCAAACCAGCAAAACCCGCAACUACGAGACGACCAAAGGAAUUCAGAACGCCGAUUCCCUUACAAUAA